AUCAACACUGAUGGUGGCCGUGGCACGGUGGCACCAUCUAACGAACUGCCUACAGAGGAGCUGGCUGUUCUACAAGAGACCAGAGGAGGAGGGAAUGACUGCUGGACUCCUGGAUGCAGGGUUCCCGGAGCAAGUGACCUUUGAUGACGUGGCCGUGGACUUCACCCAGGAGGAGUGGGGGCAGCUGACACCUGCCCAGAGGACCCUGUACCGUGAUGUGAUGCAGGAGACCUUGGGGCUCCUGGUUUCUGUGGGACAUUGGCUCCCGAAAGCCACCCUCAUCUCCCUGGUGGACCAGGAGACGGAGCCCUGGCUGGUGGAUAAGGAGGUUCCACAAGGUGUGUGCCCAGACUUGGAAACUAGAUUGAAAACCAAACUGUCAUCUGCAAAGCAAGAAAAUUCUGAAGAACUAUCCAACAAUAUCCUGGUAGAAGGGUUCCUGUGGGAUGGUCUGUGGAGUUCUAAGGGUGAAGACACUGAGGGGCACCAGGAACAAAGUUUUAAGAGCCUUCAUGGCGGUGUGGUACAUGUGGCCUUCACACCUGUGAAAAUAUCUCUUCAGCAGCAGCAGCUUGGGGUUGGGUUUGGGGAAACCUUAAGUCUGAGCCCUGAUCUCCCAACUCAACCUAUGACUCCUGAAAGACGAGAUUCCCACACGUGGGGAAUGCACAGAAAAAGAGAGAAUUCAAACUUAAAGUUAAAUGCACAACAGAAAACUUAUGCAAAAGAGAAACUCUACAGAUGUCAGGAAUGUGGAAAAGCCUUUAGUCACAGUUCUGCACUCAUCGAACACCACCGAACACACACAGGAGAGAGACCUUAUGAAUGUCACGAAUGCGGAAAAGGCUUCCGAAAUAGUUCAGCACUUACAAAACACCAUAGAAUCCACACUGGUGAGAAACCCUAUAAGUGCAUGCACUGUGGGAGGACCUUUAACCAAAGUGCCCCACUGAUCCAGCACCAGAGAACUCACACAGGCGAAAAGCCCUACGAGUGCAGUGAAUGUGGGAAGUCCUUCAGUUUUAGGUCCUCCUUCAGCCAACACGAGCGGACUCACACAGGUGAGAAGCCUUACGAGUGCAGUGAAUGUGGGAAGGCCUUUCGGCAAAGUAUCCAUCUCACUCAGCACCUGCGAAUACACACCGGGGAGAAGCCUUAUGAGUGUCAUGAGUGUGGCAAGGCCUUUAGCAAUAGCUCAUCCUUGACCAAACACCAGAGAAUCCACACUGGUGAAAAGCCUUACGAGUGUCAUGAAUGUGGAAAAGCCUUCACCCAGAUCACACCACUGAUUCAGCAUCAGAGGACACACACAGGAGAAAAGCCGUAUGAGUGUAAUGAGUGUGGAAAAGCCUUCAGCCAAAGCACACUCUUGACUGAGCAUCGGAGGAUUCACACAGGGGAAAAGCCAUACGGGUGUAAUGAGUGUGGAAAAACCUUCAGCCACAGCUCAUCUCUCAGCCAGCAUGAACGGACACACACGGGAGAGAAGCCCUAUGAGUGCAGUCAGUGUGGGAAGGCUUUCCGGCAGAGCACACACCUCAGUCAACAUCAGAGGAUCCACACAGGGGAGAAACCCUAUGAGUGCAGUGACUGUGGCAGAGCCUUCAGUCACAGCUCAUCCCUAACCAAACAUCAGCGAAUCCACACCGGGGAGAAGCCCUACGAGUGUAACGAAUGUGGCCGGGCCUUUAGCCAGCUUGCUCCACUCAUUCAGCAUCAGAGGAUCCAUACAGGAGAGAAGCCCUAUGAGUGUAAUGAGUGUGGUAGAGCCUUCAGCCAGAGCUCCCUCCUUAUAGAACACCAGAGGAUACACACCAAGGAAAAGCCCUACACAUGCAACGAGUGUGGGAAGUCCUUCAGUCACAGUUCAUCACUCAGCCAGCACGAGAGGACACACACUGGGGAAAAGCCAUAUGAAUGUCCAGAUUGUGGGAAAUCCUUCAGGCAGAGCACUCACCUCACUCAGCACCGGAGGAUCCACACAGGAGAGAAGCCAUAUGAGUGCAGGGACUGUGGAAAGGCCUUCACACACAGCUCCUCCCUGACCAAGCACCAGAGAACUCAUACUGGGGAGAAGCCCUAUGAGUGCAGUCAGUGUGGGAAGGCCUUCCGGCACAGCACACACCUCAGUCAACAUCAGAGGAUCCACACAGGGGAGAAACCCUAUGAGUGCAGUGACUGUGGCAGGGCCUUCACCCACAGGUCAUCCCUAACUAAACACCAGCGAAUCCACACCGGGGAGAAGCCCUUUGAGUGUAACGAAUGUGGCAGGGCCUUCAGACAACACACUUCACUCAUUCAGCAUCAGAGGAUCCACACAGGAGAGAAACCCUAUGAGUGUAACGAAUGUGGCAGGGCCUUCAGCCACCUCACUCCACUCAAUGAGCAUCAGAGAAUCCACACGGGAGAGAAGCCCUAUGAGUGUAAGGAAUGUGACAGGGCUUUUAGCAGGCUUUCUUCUUUCAUUCAGCAUCAGAGAAUCCACACAGGAAAGAAACCCUAUUGGUGCAGUGACUGUGGGAUGGCCUUCAGCCACAGCUCAUCCCUAACCAAACAUCAGCGAAUGCAUACUGAGGAGAAGCCCUAUGAGUGUAAGGAAUGUGGCUGGGACUUCAGACAGCUGUCUUCACUUAUUCUGCAUCAGAGGAUCCACAUGAGAGAAAAGCCCUGUGACUGGAACAAGUGUGGCAGAGCCUUCAGCCGGAGCUUCCUCCUCAUAGAACACCAGAGGAUACACACCAAGGAAAAAUCCUAUGCUUGUAACGAGUGUGGGAAGUCCUUCAGUCACAGUUCAUCUCUCAGACAGCACGAGAGGACACACACCGGAGAAAAGCCAUAUGAAUGUCCAGAUUGUGGGAAAUCUUUCAGGCAGAGCACUCACCUCACUCAGCACCGGAGGAUCCACACAGGAGAAAAGCCGUAUGAGUGCAGGGACUGUGGGAAGGCCUUCAGCAAGAGCACACUCCUGAAUAAGCAUCGGAAGAUUCACACAGUAGAGAAGCCCUACAAGUGCCAUGAGUGUGGGAAAGCCUUCAGCCAGAGCACACUCCUGAACAAACAUCAGCGAAUUCACACAGGAGAGAAGCCCUUUGGGUGCAAUGAGUGUGGAAAAACCUUCAGCCACAACUCAUCACUCAGCCACCACAAGCGGACACAUACUGGAGAGAAGCCCUAUGAGUGCAGUCAGUGUGGGAAGGCUUUCCGGCAUAGCACACACCUCAGUCAACAUCAGAGGAUCCACACAGGGGAGAAACCCUAUGAAUGCACUGACUGUGGCAGAGCCUUCAGUCACAGCUCAUCCCUAACCAAUCACCAGCGAAUCCACACCGGGGAGAAGCCCUACGAGUGUAACCAAUGCGGCAGGGCCUUCAGACAGCUUGCUUCACUCAUUCAGCAUCAGAGGAUCCACACAGGAGAGAAGCCCUAUGAGUGUAAUGAGUGUGGUAGAGCCUUCAGCCAGAGCUCCCUCCUCAUAGAACACCAGAGGAUACACACCAAGGAAAAGCCCUAUGGUUGCAACGAGUGUGGGAAGUCCUUCAGUCAUAGUUCAUCACUCAACCAGCAUGAGAGGACACAUACUGGUGAAAAGCCAUAUGAAUGUCCAGAUUGUGGGAAAUCCUUCAAGCAGAGCACACAUCUCACUCAGCACCGGAGGAUCCACACAGGAGAGAAGCCUUAUGAGUGCAGGGACUGUGGAAAGGCCUUCACACAUAGCUCCUCCCUGACCAAGCACCAGAGAACUCAUACUGGGUAGAGGCACACUACACAAGCUAGGACGUAGGAAGCCUUAAGCCAUAGUUCAUCCCUUCCUACACUUGACUGAAUCAUAUUCAUGAGCAAGAUGACAUUUAUGCACACACCUUCACAUAUAGUACAUUCCUCAGAUCAUCCUAACACUAGGGAAAUGAGAUGAUCAAUGUAGCCAUGAGUACCCACUAACAUUAUAGAACCCAUAGAAGAGAGAAGUGGGACA